AUGGGCGACAUCAUGCAACGAACUGACCUCAAGAAGCUGGUCCCCCAACCCAAGCCUUACAAGAAGGGCCCCUACACGGUCGAGGCCAAGGGCUACGAGAAGAAGGACGGCGAGACUAUUCCUCGCGUGCACCCGGCGGCAAAGGACGGUCUCAUCAGCACUCCGGCUCCCGACAUCAAGACCAUCUACGAUGUUUUGCGCAGCAGCUCCAAGAAGUUUGGCAAUGCAAAAGCCCUGGGCUACCGCACCCUAAUCAAGGUCCACGACGAGGUCAAACAGAUCAAGAAGGUCGUCGAUGGCAAGGAGACUACCGUCGACAAGAAGUGGCAGUUCUCUGAGCUCAGCCCCUACACAUACAUCAGCUUCGAUGAGUAUGAGCAGCUGUGUCUCAAGGUUGCCUCUGGUUACCGUGCUCUUGGCAUGAACAAGGGCGACCGCGUCCACAUCUUUGCUUCUACCAGUCCCUGGUGGCUGGCUACUGCUCAUGGUAACUACUCACCCACUCGCUGUACGUUUCCCUUUACUGACAUGAUAUUCUCUNNAGCCGCCUCUACCCAGUCGAUGCCCAUCGUCACCGCCUACGACACACUCGGUGAGGAGGGUCUCAUGCACUCACUCAAGCAAACCCACGCCAAGCUCAUCUUCCUCGACCCUCACCUCCUCACAAAGCUCAUCAACCCUCUCAACGAGACCAAGGACAUCCAAUAUGUCGUUUACAACAGCCACAUGGAAGUCAAGAAGGACGACAUUGAGAAGCUCAAGAGCGCCCACCCACACCUGACCAUUCUCAGCUUCGACGAGCUGACCAAGAAGGGUGAAGAGAACAUGGUCGAGCCUGUUCCUCCCCAGCCCGAGGACCUUUGCUGCAUCAUGUACACCUCCGGUUCUACUGGAACUCCCAAGGGUGUUCUUCUCAAGCACAAGAACGUCAUUGCCGCUAUCGCUGGUGUUGACGUUAUUGUCGGUCCUUACCUCGGCCCUGGUGACGGUCUUCUCACCUACCUCCCUCUUGCUCACAUUCUCGAAUUCGUCUUCGAAAGCGCCUGUCUCUACUGGGGUGGUACCAUGGGUUACGGAAACCCCAGAACCAUCUCCGACGCUUCGGUUCGCAACUGCGCUGGUGAUAUUCGUGAAUUCAAGCCUUCAAUUCUGGUUGGUGUUCCUGCAGUCUGGGAGACUGUCAAGAAGGGUAUCGUUACCAAGGUCGACAAGACUGGAGGCAUUACCAAGCAGCUCUUCUGGGCCGGUAUGGCCGCAAAGAGCACCAUGAUGAACUACUCUGAUCUGCCCUUCACCGGCGUCGGCACCAGUGUUAUGGACUCUGUUAUUUUCAAGAAGAUCAAGGAAGCUACUGGUGGCAGAUUGAGAAUUUGCUUGAACGGUGGUGGUCCCGUCGCAAAGGACACUCAGCGCUUCAUCUCCAUGGCCAUCGCUCCUAUGAUCAGCGGUUAUGGUCUGACCGAGACAUCUGCCAUGGGUGCUCUCAUGGAUCCUCUUGCCUGGACCGACGAUGCUCUGGGUGGUCUGCCCGCCUCCAUCGAGGUCAAGCUCGUCGACUUCCCCGAUGCUGGCUACUACUCGACCAACAGCCCUCCUCAGGGUGAGAUCUGGAUUCGUGGUGACUCGGUCACUGACGGUUACCUCGACCUCGAGAAGGAGAACCAGGAGUCAUUCGAGGAUGGCUGGUUCAAGACUGGUGAUAUCGGUGAAUUUGACAAGAACGGUAACCUCAAGAUCAUCGACCGCAAGAAGAACUUGGUCAAGACUCAGAACGGCGAGUACAUUGCACUUGAGAAGCUUGAGUCCGUUUACCGCGCCAGUCAUGUGGUUGCCAACAUCUGUGUCUAUGCAGACCAGAGCAAGAACAAGCCUAUUGCCAUUAUUGUUCCCGCCGAGCCUGCUCUUAAGUCUUUGGCUUCUGAGAGUGGCUGCAAAUCUAGCGAGCUCGAGGAGAUGUGCCAGGACAAGAAGCUCAACGAAGCCGUCCUGAAGAAUCUGCAAGCUGCCGGCAAGAAGGGUGGCCUCUCGGGUAUCGAGAUUAUCGAGGGUGUUGUACUCGCUCCCGAUGAGUGGACUCCUCAAAACCAGCUUGUCACUUCCGCACAAAAGCUCAACCGCAGAGCCAUUCUCGACAAGUACAAGAAGGAGGUCGAGCAAGCCUACAGCUCGUAA